GCACCCACCCUGCAAGAGCUCCUUCAGUCGAUCGCCCGGCAGCGAGCGCCACCACUGCCCAGUCGCUUCAGCACUUCGAUGGCAGAGGUCUAUGGUGCACUGAUGUCGCAGAACCGGAACAAGCGGCCGUCCUGUAAAGAGCUUCUUUCCGUGCCACCCUUCGUGCAGGUUUGGGAUGUGGGAGAAGAGGAUGAUGUGGACAGCGUCAUUUCGGCUGACCGUGUCAUCGAGAAGGCACCCUCUUCGAACCGAGAGGCUGGCUCUGCCGCAGCGCUGCGGCGGAUCCAAGAGCUUCGGCGACAAGCAGAGACAGGAUGCCGCCCGUCCUUGCCCGAGGGGCUCGGUGCGGGCCAGGCCACGCAAGAGCCUGAUCAUUACCGAGGCCCAGCAAACGGCUACCACGAGGGGCUCCAGCCACUUGAUCGACCGCACACUCCUCGCAUCCCUGGAGACUGCCAAGAGCUUUUGCAGAGGCGUCCCUGGUCCUCUAAGCGUCCAGCCUCGGCUCACCGAGGCGCCACCAAGCUGAUGCCCCUGAAGGAUAUGUCGAUCGCGGCGGCUGACACUCGCAGCAGAGAUCAGGUGACCCACACCGUGCUUAACCGCCGCCUCACAGCUGCCGGGCGAUCAGAUGCGUCGCGGCAAGCAAAGCGGAAGGAGGCGGAAGAUGUGGACCACAGCGCCUCCCAAUCGGUCGUGCGAUCUCGUGCCGUGAUCCGCAGUGAGUCGGAGCCGCCCAUGGAGCGCGUUGGGCCUCGUGGCUGUGCAAGACUGGAGUAAACCAGGGCAUGAUGGCAUUUGCCGAUGUUUUUCGUUGCAUGAGUCAAAGAGAGAGAACGAGAGAGAGAGAGGAAAAAACUGCAUGUAAGAAGCAAAUUAGGCUUGUUGAAGCUAGAAUUGUGCUACAUCGAGAAGUCUCGUAAAUCCAGUUUCCUGCGGGUUUUGAUCAAAGAAGCCUGCUUUCAAGCCAAGCUUGACGAAUUCGACGCCUGCGCAUCCAUCCUUUGGUGUCGCAUUUUCCGCGCCUGUUUGUUCUGAGGUGGUAACUCAAUAAAUCUCACAAACUACCGUUUUGAUCGUUUUGCUUCUGUUAGUGGAACAUCCACCUAUUUCGUGGAAAGUUUGGCACCGAAUGGUAAAAGGUUUGUUCGCGACCACAAGCUUCUGAGUUGGGCAGGGGCCAGAGCCUCACACCAUGCAACGUCCCGAGGCAAGACACAAACCCCUCCGUGG